UGCUGUCUCGCGUUUGCACGCGCUGUCUCGUCCCGCUCGGUAAAUUUAAAAAAUUGAGGAGUUGUUUUGUGCCAUUAACGCGCGUUUUUCUGGAGUGAUUCGAUUGGUUUUAACGAGUCAGCCGGUCUGUGCAUAUCGACGAGAAUUUCGUCAGUUAAUUUUUUUUUUUCUCCAAGACCAAUUGAUUGGAUUACUGUGUGAUACAUGUGCUGUUCAAUGAGGAAAUAAUAAAAAUAAUCGAGGAUUUAUUGUUGUGGGGUGCAUUUUUUUAUCACUGAGGAUUACAUCGAGUUUCAACAUUACUACUAAAAGGAGAAUUGGAAAUUUUUUUUUUAUUAUCAAGAGUUAUCGCAGACAAGUCAUGGGAGACGAGUUGCCGAUCCUCAAAGGGAUCCUCAACGGUGUUGUCAAUUAUCACAAUGCACCGGUUCGAUUCGGCCGUGUGCCAAAACGUGAGAAAGCAAGAAUUCUGGCGGCAAUGCAGCAGAGUUCCCACAGUCGUUCACAGGAGAAGGCUGUUGCCGCUGAAUUGGAGGAUGAACAGCGUCUUCUACAGACUGUUGUUCGUGCCCACCUUGAUACGUGUGAUUUUACAAGAGACAAGGUGGCACCAGUACUGGCCAGAGCGCGAGAGACACCAAACUACACAGCGUGUCCACCAACCUUGGCAUGCCCACUGAAUCCCAAUCCCCAGCCAUUAACCGGUCAACAGGAAUUACUACAAGACUUCUCGAAGAGAUUUUCACCGGCAAUAAGAGGUGUCGUAGAAUUCGCCAAACGCAUUCCUGGUUUUAACCUGCUGGCACAGGAUGACCAGGUGACCCUCCUGAAGGCGGGUGUUUUUGAGGUACUACUUGUCCGUCUCGCCUGUAUGUUCGACGGUCAAACAAACAGUAUGAUCUGUCUAAACGGCCAAGUGUUGAAGAGGGACUCAAUUCACAACAGUAAUGCCCGUUUUCUCAUGGAUUCAAUGUUUGAUUUCGCCGAACGUGUCAAUUCCCUUCGGCUAUCGGACGCCGAACUCGGCUUAUUCUGCUCAGUCGUUGUUAUAGCAGCUGACAGACCGGGUCUACGUAAUACUGAUCUCGUUGAACGUAUGCACAAUAAACUGCGUAGUGCCCUGCAGUCAGUACUAGCUCAAAAUCAUCCGCAGCAUCCGGAUAUACUGCGCGAAUUGCUCAAGAAAAUACCCGAUCUCAGGACACUGAAUACACUUCACUCGGAGAAAUUACUGGCAUUCAAGAUGACGGAGCAGCAGCAGCAGUUGCAGGCACAACAGGCACAGCAGCAGGCGCAACAACAGCAGCAGCAGCAGCAACAGCAGAGCCAGCACACGAAUGUCCAUCAGCAGUGGCCAAUGGAGGAGGAGCCAGCGGCCUCUUGGGGCUCAGCCUCGGACGUGACUCUAGACGAGGCGGUGAAGAGCCCCUUGGGAAGUGUCUCGAGCACCGAGAGCACCUGCAGCGGAGAAGUAGCUUCGCUAACGGAGUACCAUCAUGCCCCUGGCCACCACGCAUCGAGUGCACCCCUUCUUGCGGCAACUCUGGCCGGUGGCCUCUGCCCCCACAGACGUCGCGCCAACUCCGGCAGCACGAGCUCGGGUGACGACGAGCAUCACCGUGCCACAAUGUCGAAAACCCCUCAGCCCCAGGCCCAGUGUCCACGAUUCCGUAAACUGGAUUCACCAAGUGACAGUGGAAUUGAGUCGGGAACUGAGAAACCGGAUAAACCAGCUAGUAGCUCUGCGAGCAGUGCACCAACCUCGGUAUGCUCAAGCCCAAGAUCCGAGGAUAAGGAGGUUGAGGACAUGCCUGUGUUGAAGAGAGUGCUGCAGGCACCACCACUUUACGACACUAAUUCCCUGAUGGACGAGGCUUACAAGCCGCACAAGAAGUUCAGGGCGCUCAGGCAGAAGGACAGCGCCGAGGCUGAGCCUGUAAUUGUGCAGCAGCAACAGCAGCAGCAGCAGUCGCAGUUACAUCUGCAUUUAACGUCGCCACCGACGAGAAGUCCAACGACACAGAGUGCGAGUUUACUGAGCAGUACACACUCGACACUUGCCAAGAGUCUUAUGGAGGGUCCCAGGAUGACUGCUGAGCAGCUCAAACGCACUGAUAUCAUUCACAACUACAUCAUGAGGGGCGAGGCCAGUCCGAGAUCACCAGCAGCAUCGCCAUCGCCGGCGGAGCAGUGCGCCUCGACGACAACUCUCAGUGCACGCUCCCCCCAGGCGUCUCAAGGGCUUCUGCAGUGCGCAACAACUGGCUACUCGAGGUGGCCUGCAACAUCCGUCAUCACCACGACAACGGGAGCCAGACAACAGUCUUCCGGGUCUGGCUACAUCGUCGUCAAUAAUUCACCGGCAUCACCGAGGUAUUUAUCCGUUGCUGCAUCCAGUACAAGUUGCACGAGUCCAAGGCCAACGUCCAGUACAGCUGCGACACUUGUUUUAUCGGGUUGCCCUAGUAAUAUGAUGGAGUUGCAAGUGGACAUUGCUGAUAGUCAACAACCCCUCAAUCUUUCGAAAAAAUCGCCGUCCCCAUCGCCGAGGCCAUUCGUUGGACCGUGCAAGGCUCUCUCGCUCGAGGCGUAGUGCUAUCAUGAAAACUUUAAUCGAAAUAAUUCUAGCCCACCUUAAACGAAAUUCAUUUUCUCAAGUUAUUCCUGGGGAUCUCUCAUUCCCAACCAGUGGAAUGAAUUUUUUUUUUUUUAAUGCAAUUGUUUUUUCUUCUUCGAGUAUAACUAAAGUGCCAGGACGCUCUGAGCGCGUGACAAACCAAAUAAUUUAUUAUUUAAAGGAGGUAUGGUAGGAGGAAGCUGAAUUGAAUGGGGGUGGUUUCAGGUGUUUUCUGUGACGUGUGAUGUGACACUAAACACCCCCGCGACCCCCUGUCUCUAUUUAUGAAUGAAUAGUGCUAAAAAAAUUAUUUCAAAUAGAUUCAAAGUGCGACUACAUUUGUGUGUAAAUAAAUGAAAAGGGUAAAGAUGGGGUUAUAGGCGCUUUUGAGUGAUCGCAUUCGACGCAAUGCCGUGAAAAAUUUAUCUGAGAUAACAUCUAUCUAUUUACCUGUCUACCUGUCUAACUGAUGUCGUUAAAUGGGUGAAAAGAAAUAUAAAAACAACACAAAAUAUAGUGAUUAGCGUGCGGAAAUAUGUGAAUUUUCAAAUCCCGAGGGAUCGAAAAUUGAUUAAAAAACAACAAAAAAACAAGAUUGAAUGUUACAGAAAAAAAAAUUAAUAAUCUAUUACAUGUGAUAAUCACGGAUAUCGCGCAUCCUGUACAGUCUCCACCUCAUUCAUCAAUCAUUUACUCUAUUAUUAUUAUUAUUGAAUAUUAAAUAAAUGAAUAAAUAAGUAAUAUUAUUGUAAUAAAUUUAAGGGUACAAUGUAAUCAAUCGUAAACGUUAUCAUCCCGUGUGUAUGUAUAUUCCGUAGGGACACGUGAGGGAAGAACAUGUUUUCUCUUUUAUUCUCACGUGGAAGAAACGAUAAGUGUGCUAGUAACUGUGUAUAUGUCGGUAUGAGUGGAGUGAGUAAGUCGGGGCAAUCGAAUAAAAAUUGUAGCGAGUGUGGAACUAAUGAUAAGUCAUGAGAAGAAAAUAAAAACAAGAAAGAAAAUAUAUUUGAAGCAAAAAUGAAGUGAAUAAAAAAUUCAUUAAAUGAGAAAAAAAACCUUGUCAAGAAUUAUAAUUGAGAGAGAAUUGUCGAUUUGAUGAUUUCAAGGAGUUUUGUUAUGAGACUGACCGGUCCCUGGGGCCUCCAGUUUGCAAUUACCGUACCUUUAUACCAUGUGUCGUAUCUGUAAUGGAGAAAAGAUUAUGAGAUGAUGCAAAAAAAAAAAUAUACAAACAAGUAAUUAAUCUCUAAAUACGUCGUGUAGAUGAUUUAGGGCUUUAGUUUUAUUGGAACACGGAAAUGAUAUCUUAAAUGAAAGGGAAAAAAAAGCAUACAACAAUUGUGUCGGCAAAUUAUUUCGUGUGAAUGGCGGAAGUACGAACCCUGGAUGGAUCGAUGAGACACUUGUAAAUAAUAAACAUUAAGAAAAAACUUGAAUUUAUUAGUAGGCGUGAGUGGAAGACAAACUUUUUUGAGAAAAAAAAAUUAAGAGGAAUAAUAAAUACAAAAUUUCU